CAAGCCUUUUUGGCUUAAGGGAUAUGUGUCUCCAGUGGGUCUAGCUAGAGGCGAAUGGCUGGAGGACCCCCAGCUGCUGGCCCAGGAGGCAUCCAGCAGAUCUUCGAAAGAAAUCAAGAGGCAACGAUCUAUGUGGGAAACCUGGAUCCCAAGAUCGAUGAGGAGGUCUUGUGGGAGCUCAUGGUAAAUUGUGGGCCAGUGGCAAAUCUUCAUCUUCCUCGUGACAAGAUCACAAAUACCCAUCAAGGAUAUGGAUUUGUAGAGUUCAAAAAUGAAGAGGAUGCAGACUAUGCCAUCAAGAUCAUGAACAUGAUCAGGCUCUUUGGGAAGCCCAUUCGAUGUAACAAGUCUUCACAAGACAAGAAAACCAACGAGGUUGGCGCCAACCUGUUCAUUGGCAAUUUGGAGCCUGAGGUUGACGAGAAGAUGCUCUAUGACACCUUCUCUGCCUUUGGGGUUUUGCUUUUCGCGAAGGUCAUGCGCGAUCCUGACAAUGGCCUGUCGCGUGGCUUCGGCUUCAUCUCCUACGAUACCUUCGAGGCAUCCGAUGCAGCGCUCGCAGGCAUGAACGGGCAGUUCUUGUGCAAUAGACCGAUCAGUGUCUCUUAUGCCUACAAGAAGGAGACCAAAGGAGAGAGGCACGGCAGCGCCGCGGAGCGGCUCAUUGCAGCAAACCGUCCCAUUAAGGACACACCGGGUGGCGGCGCGGGCCCUGGGGCUGGAGCUCCUGUUCGCUCCUCCAUGCCACCCAACAUGCCACCACCUCCAAUGGGAUAAAGCGGAAAAGAUCGAGGA